CCGGUCGGAGCUCGGGUCAGGCGGCGGGUUCCGGGUCCGGGUCGCGCAGCCUGUCAUGGCGGCGCCCAGCGGGCCGGAGGAGGAGGAAGAGGCGGCGGCCCCUGGGAGGAGGCAGCCGUUCGGGAGCCGCUUUCUGACCGACCCGAGCCGGCUCUUCCAGCACAACGCCUGGGAUAAUGUAGAAUGGUCUGAAGAGCAGGAAGCCAGUGCAAGGAACAAAGUUCAAGAGAACAGCAGGCAGCUUGUUCCACAAGACAAACAAGAUGAAUAUGAGCUCAAUGCUAAUGAAUACUGGAAUGAUUUCUAUAAAAUCCAUGAAAAUGGCUUCUUCAAGGACAGACACUGGCUAUUCACUGAAUUUCCUGAACUGACACCAAACCAGAACCUAAGUCAACCUGAGGCUUCUGCAUACAAAGAUGGUAGCACCAGAAAACCCAGAAACACCAGGCUGGGAAGCUGUGAAAAUGGUCUUUGUUCAUUGGAAACCAGAACACAAGAGCAUCAUCAAUUGGACUUGAUGAAAGACAGUAGUAAUAUCAUCAACAGACUCAACACAGAUAGAGAAGGAAUACUGAAGUUGGGUGACCUGAAACUAAGUGAUGGUGACUUCCCAGGAUCCUCUGCCACUUACCGUAUACUAGAGGUUGGGUGUGGUGCUGGAAAUACAGUCUUCCCAAUUUUGCAAACCAACAAUGAUCCGGGGCUCUUUGUUUAUUGCUGUGAUUUUUCCAACACAGCUGUGGAUCUUGUCCAGACCAAUGAAGCGUAUGACUCUUCUCGCUGUUUUGCCUUCGUUUAUGACCUGUGCAAGGACCAAAGCCCAUACCCAAUGCCAGAGAAGAGUCUUGACAUCAUUAUUCUCAUCUUUGUCCUAUCAGCUAUUCUCCCAGAGAAGAUGCAGUGCGUCAUUAACAGACUGAGCCGGCUUCUGAAACCAGGAGGAAUGAUUCUGUUACGAGAUUAUGGUCGUUAUGACCUGGCACAGCUUCGGUUUAAGAAAGGUCGGUGUCUGUCCGAUAACUUCUACGUGAGAGGCGAUGGGACCAGAGUUUACUUCUUUACACAAGAUGAACUGGAUGCUCUUUUCACCACGGCUGGGUUGGAAAAAGUCCAGAAUCUGGUCGAUCGGCGCCUACAGGUGAAUCGAGGGAAGCAAGUGACAAUGCAUCGAGUGUGGAUCCAGUGUAAAUACUGCAAGCCCUUCCCUGCAGGACAUAAGGAGAAUGGGCACGUUCAUUAGCAAGAGCCUACCCCUCUCAGGAUCUCUGUUGGAGAGAACUCAGCCUGACACCUUCCUAAUGACUAGUUUUGGCUGACAUUGCUGUGGGGAGAGGAGCCAGGGCUGUGCCUAUGCAAUCUGGUGCACCUCACAUGCCAUUCCACUCACAGCGCAUAUAUUUUGAUGGUGAGAUGAUCAUGGGUACCUACAUAGAAAGGAGAUGUUAGCUCGUUAGGGUCUGUUUCAUCUCACUGACAAAGAUAUAACAAAAACCUACGCCUGGAAGGGUGAAAGAGGAAGUAGAGAGAGAAGAAUUUGCUCCUGGUCCCUUAGAAGUCAAUGGGAGCUUUGUCAUUGAGACAGGAUUGGGUCCAUUGGCUUGACUGUUGCUGGGAGAGCCUACAGGCAUCAUGAUGACAUCUCCUGCAGCCAUCGUCAUGUUUAGGAGCCGGCCCUGUUGAUUCGUGACACUGCCACCACAUAGCCAGCCUGUCCCUCUGCAAUUGUCAUUCCUAACUCUGUCAGGUGAUGUGUUCCGAGGCUGAAUACAGGUGUAAAGGUGACCCAGCAAGUCCCUUGGAGCCUCCCUUUGAGUGCUGUGCAAGUUGAUGCUAUUUUUGUGUUUAAAGUCAGACUCCAAAACAGUUCUUUGCAAAUAUCUGGUUAAUGCUUGAGAGAACAGCUGGAAGGAAAUCUCUUGUUAAAGGUGCUACAAUCCUGCUCCUUCUGUUCAGGGUUGAGAGAACUUUAAACCACGUGGAUGGAGGAGAAGACCAGACUCAAAAUGCCUACUAUUUCUAUGGCAAAAAAUGUAUGGAGAAGGCAUCUUUCCUUCACAGAUAUUUAGGCUUGGCAGGAUUCAAUUUUGAAUGUUUAUGAUUUAGAUUGAUACUGAAUUUUAUGCAUUUUUAUCAAUUUUCACAGUUGUGGGAAACUAUGGGGGGUAAGACUAUAGCAAUUUAAUGGCCACAGGCAUUGAGAUUCAAAAAGUUAAAGCUUUAUAACUGUUAAAACACAAACUGUCAACCUCACAUAUCAAAAUAUACCAAGUAAAAACCCUUAAGUCAAA